AUGUGGAGAGUAAGGAGUACGAAGUGGAAUGGAGAGCAACGAUGGCUAUUUUUUAUCUAUUUAUCUAUCUAUAUAUCGCAGGGUAUUCUUUAUCUAUCUAUCUAUCUCAGGGGUAUUCUUUAUCUAUCUAUCUAUCUCAGGUUAUUCUUUAUCUAUCUAUCUAUCUAUCUAUCUAUCUAUCUAUCUAUCUCAGGUUAUUCUUUAUCUAUCUAUCUAUCUAUCUAUCUAUCUAUCUAUCUAUCUUCUAUCUAUUUAUUCAGGUUAUUCUUAUCUAUCUAUCUAUCUAUCUAUCUAGGUCUUCUUAUCUCUAUCUAUUCUUUCUAUCUAUCUCAGGUUAUUCUCUUUCCCAUCUAUCUAUCUAUCUAUCUCAGGUUAUUCUUUAUCUAUCUAUCUAUCUAUCUAUCUCAGGUUAUUCUUUAUCUAUCUAUCUAUCUAUCUAUCUAUCUCAGGUUAUUCUUUAUCUAUCUAUCUAUCUAUCUAUCUAUCUAUCUCAGGUUAUUCUUUAUCUAUCUAUCUAUCUAUCUAUCUAUCUCAGGUUAUUCUUUAUCUAUCUAUCUAUCUAUCUAUCUCAGGUUAUCUAUCUAUCUAUCUUAUUAUUCAAUAUCUAUCUAUCUCAGGUUUCUUUAUCUAUCUAUCAGGUUAUUGUUUAUCUCUAUCUAUCUCAAGGUUAUUCUUUAUUCUAUCUAUCUCAGGUUAUUCUUUAUCUAUCUAUCUCAGGUUAUUCUAUCUAUCUAUCUAUCUAUCUUAAGGUUAUUCUUUUAUCUAUCUAUCAUCUAUCUAUCUCAGGUUAUUCUUCUCUAUUCAUUUAAUCUAUCUAUCUCAGGUUAUUCUUUAUCUCUUCUAUCUAUCUUAUCUUUAUCUAUCUAUCUAUCUAUCUAUCUCAGGUUAUUCUUUAUCUCUAUCUAUCUAUCUAUCUAUCUCAGGUUAUUCUCUAUCUAUCUAUCAAUCUAUCUCUCAGGUUAUUUUUAUCUAUCUAUCUAUCUAUCUAUCUCAGGUUAUUCAUUUAUCAUCCAUCUAUCUAUCUAUCUAUCUCAGGUUAUUCUUUUAUCUAUCUAUCUAUCUAUCUAUCUCAGGUUAUUCUUUAUUUAUCUAUCUAUCUAUCUAUCUCAUCUGAAUAUUAUCUAUCUAUCUAUCUAUCUAUCUAUCUCAAAAAUUUAUUCUUUAUCUAUCUAUCUCACAUCUUCUAUUUUUCUUUAUCUAUCUAUCUAUCUAUCUAUCUAUCUUAUUCUUUCUUCAUCUAUCUAUCUAUCUCUAUCUCAGGUUAUUCUUUAUCUAUCUAUCUAUCUAUCUAUCUAUCCUUUUAUUCUUUAUCUAUCUUCUAUCUAUCUAUCUCUCAUUAUUCUAUCUAUCUAUCUAUCUAUCAUUCUAUCUCAGGUUCUAUCUAUCUAUCUAUCUAUCUAUCUAUCUAUCUCAGGUUAUUCUUUAUCUAUCUAUCUAUUCAUCUAUCUAUCUAUCUCAUUUAUCUAUCUAUUAUUUCUAUCUAUCUAUCUCUAUUAUCUAUCUGAUCUAUUCAUUUAUCUAUUUAUCUAUCUAUUAUCUAUCUAUCUCAAAAUUCUUUAA